AUGACAAGCCCUGAUAUAUCAUGGAAUGAGAAACCAUCUAUUAAACAGAUCAGGCUGCGAUCGACAUUAGUGGGACUUUACAUUGGAUCACUGGUGCUGAUUUCAAAUUUUCAAUUUGGAUUACAGACAGGAUGGGUUUCCAUGAUGUCGUUGCCAAGUGCGUUGUUGGGUUGUGCGAUAUUUAAAAACCUUUGGCCGAUUUUAUUUAGCAAUUAUGAACCGUUCACUGAUGUUGAGAACGUAUAUGUUCAGAGUGUUGCAGUUGCCGUCGGUACCGGUCCUCUUGCUUAUGGAUUUAUAGGGAUAAUUCCUGCAAUCGAGAAGCUUUUGACAAAAGAAGAGAGUGGAGGAACUAGAGAGCAAGGAGAGCCAUUUACACUGUCACAGUUGCUGUUGUGGUCGCUAUCACUAGCGUACUUUGGGAUCUUUUUUGCGGUUCCCUUGCGCAAGCAAGUAAUUAUUCGAGAGAAAUUACCAUUUCCAAGUGGUAGUGCUACAGCUACGCUAAUCGGGGUGCUAAACGAGUCCAAGAUAAUGCAGGAGGUACCGCCUGAAGAGCUACGUAAAUUUAGGAGACGGCAGCUGUCUAGGCCAAACGGUAGUUUAGCUGAUGUGGGCGAUGAACUGCCACUCUUGAGUGCAGAUCAGUUGCAUAAAAAUCAUAAUUCGAUUAAAAGAGACGAUUCUGUUGGGGUACUUAGGGGGGAGGAGUUUGCUAGCAACUUCUUGGCAAGCAGUGGUCAAAGCACUUAUCAGGAAAACAUAAAUACAUUAUCAUUGACUUUUAUCGCUGCUUCCGCAUACACUUUAAUCACCCAUUUUAUUCCCUGGUUAACAGCUAUUCCUUUGUUUGGCAGUUACUUAUCAAAAACAUACUUAUGGAACGUGCAGUUAUCCCCUGCUUACAUCGGACAGGGAAUGAUAAUGGGUCUUCCAACUGUAUCUUACAUAUUAGUGGGAUGCAUAUUAGGAUGGGGGAUACUAGCUCCCUUAGCAAGGUACAUGAAAUGGAUAAACCCUGGAGCUGAUGUUAAUGAUUGGGAAAAUGGCGUUCAAGGAUGGAUACUAUGGUCAUCUCUUUCCAUCAUGAUAGCAGACAGCCUCGUGGGGUUAAUUGUAUUUUCGGUUCGAACUUUUGUGAAAUUUAUGCUGGUAGACAGUAAGGCCGAGUUGUUAAGUGCAAAAAUAGAGGACGCAAUGGAGUCAGCAUUACUUGAGGAUCACUUAGAUAUAAAUGAUAUGAUGCACUGUAACGCAAGCUCUGGUCAGCAGUCUAUUCUCCUGGCUAGCAGUGAGCGUGAUAAUGAAGUUGAUUCGAAACAUUUAGUUAGGUAUACUACAGUGGUAAGCGGUUUAGUGCUUUCAUGUGCUGUCUGUGUCUUAACUUUAAUAUAUUUAUUUGGCGCCAAGAUAAUUCCUCUAUAUGCUGUGGUGACAUCUUUAUGUUUGGCAAUAUUUUUAUCCGUACUUGGCGUCCGUGCUCUGGGCGAGACUGAUCUAAAUCCAGUUAGUGGGGUUGGAAAACUUUCUCAGAUCGUUCUAGCAUUUAUUGUGCCUCGUGAUCAUAAAGCUGCGGUACUUAUUAAUUUGGUUUCAGGUGCUGUUGCAGAGGCUGGUGCCCAACAAGCCGGAGAUUUGAUGCAGGAUCUCAAGACAGGUCAUUUGUUAGGUGCGUCUCCCAGAGCACAAUUCCUAGCGCAACUAAUAGGCGGAACAUGGUCUAUUAUAUUGUCGAGUAUCGUCUACCUAUUUUACAACAAGGUUUACGAUAUUCCAAAUGAGCAGUUCAAAAUACCGACAGCAGUGGUAUGGAUCGAUUGCGCAAGGCUUGUGACAGGAGCGGGUCUUCCAGAUCAUGCAUUGGAGUGCUCCCUUGUUUUGGGUGUUAUAUUUGCUUUUUUUUCAUUAAUAAAGAACUGUUUAAAUAAGAAAUGGACGGUUUACAUACCUUCUGGAGUUGCUACGGGAGUAGGAAUCUACAGUUCACCAAGUUUUUCUAUUGCAAGGUUUAUGGGUGGGAUUUUUGCAUAUUGGUGGCUGAGGAAGCUUCAGACUGACUUGGGAGCUAAAACAAAAAUGAUUGUCUUCAGCUCGGGGCUGGUCCUUGGUGAGGGUGUGUGUAGCAUUUUAAAUAUGAUAUUAACCACGUUACAUAUUUAA